GCUCUCUCUGCCCCGUCUCCGCAUGCGCGACCGAGCCCUGGGGGCGGGGCUGCUCCAUCCGGGUAUCCGGCGGCCUUUGGGUGUUUUGUUUUCUUGGCUGGAACCUGGAGGGGUAGCGGGCUCCGGACUUACUGCACCGGCCAGGCUGGAUUUAAAACUUGACCUGAAAAAAUGUCUGGAUUUCUGGAAGGCUUGAGGUGCUCAGAGUGCAUCGACUGGGGGGAAAAGCGCAAUACUAUUGCUUCCAUUGCUGCCGGUGUUCUAUUUUUUACAGGCUGGUGGAUUAUCAUAGAUGCAGCUGUCAUUUAUCCCCGCAUGGACGAAUUCAACCAUUCCUACCACGCGUGUGGUGUUAUAGCAACCGUAGCCUUCUUAAUGAUUAAUGCAGUAUCAAAUGGACAAGUCCGAGGUGACAGUUACAGUGAAGGCUGCCUGGGUCAAACAGGUGCUCGCAUUUGGCUGUUCAUUGGUUUCAUGCUGGCCUUUGGCUCUCUGAUUGCAUCGAUGUGGAUUCUUUUUGGAGGGUAUGUUGCUAAAGAAAAAGCCAUAGUAUACCCUGGGAUUGCUGUAUUUUUCCAAAAUGCCUUCAUCUUUUUUGGCAGUAGUUUUGAAAUUACCUGGAAGAACACAGAUCAAUCGCUUUUUGGAGGUUUAUGAAAUCCUUUGUAAAGGAGAAUUCCAUGAGAGGAGGACUCGUUUUUAAGUUUGGCCGCACUGAAGACUUAUGGCAGUGAAAGCUUCUGAUUCGUCACUGCCCAGCAGCCCUGCGUGGGUUUUGUUUUUGUUUGUUUUGGUUUCUUUUUUACUACUCACUCCCAGUCUUUUGUAAUGCCAUUUUCUAAACUUCUUUCUCUCAACUUAAAUUUGUAUAAUACUAAAAUCAUGAGAACUCUCUCUUUAAACAACAACCACAGCAAAAUCUAUUGUGAUAUACAUUUGAUUACAUUUGAUUAACUUGUAAAAUGUUGAAGAAAAGUGUUUCACGUGAGAAAUUUUUAUUACAUUUUAUCAUGUUUAUAAAAAUAAAUCACAAAAGAAAUCACGGAAGCAUCUUAUAUGAGUAUUUGUCAUAUCCAAGGUCCAAAACUUCAAUUAAAAUGUUCUGAAGAUUUAAUGUGUUUAUUUAAAUGUGGCCUGUUCUGUGUCAAAUAUCAGAUGAACUAUAAACAAUGAUGAAAUAUAAACACGUUCUUGUUUUUAAAAACUA